AUCAGGAGCGCGGAGGGCGGGCCCUAGUGGGAGGCGCGCGGCUGCGCGCGUGCGCGGGCGGCUGAGGCGGGCGGCGAAGCGGCGGCGGCGGCGGCGCCGGGCGGAGGCGGCGGCCAUGGAGCCGGGAUACGGCGGAUACGGCGCCUGGAGCAGCGGGGCCGGCAGCACCCAGGGUUCCUACGGCACGAGCGCGCCGAGCUGGCAAGGCUAUGAGAGCUACGAGUUCUACGCGGGCUCGGCCUCGGCGCCGCCCGGAGCCGCCUACGGAUCCUGGGAGACUCCCAAGGCUCCGGAGCUGGGGCUGGGAUCCUCCGAGGGAUCCUCGGGAUUGGGAUCCUCGGGAUUGGGAUCCUCGGGAGCCGCCUACGGAUCGGGAGCUGCGGGAUCCGCCUACGGAUCGGGAUCCGGGAGCGCCUACGGAUCCUCGGGAGCCGCCUACGGAUCCGCCGGAUCGGCCUUGGGACUGGGAUCCUCGGGACUGGGAUCCUCGGGACUGGGAUCCUCGGGACUGGGAUCCUCGGGACUGGGAUCCUCAGGAUUUGGAUCCUCAGGACUGGGAUCGUCAGGAUUGGGAGCCUCAGGAUUGGGAGCCUCAGGAUUGGGAGCCUCAGGAGCCGCCUACGGAUCGGGAGCUGCAGGAUCUGCCUAUGGAUCGGGAUCCGGGAGCGCCUUUGGAUCCUCGGGAUCAGCCUUGGGCCUGGGAUCCUCGGGAUUGGGAUCUUCAGGAUUGGGAUCUGCAGGAUUAGGAUCUGCAGGAUUAGGAUCCUCAGGACUGGGAUCUUCGGGACUGGGAUCGUCAGGACUGGGAUCCUCGGGAUUGGGAUCUGCAGGACUGGGAUCUUCGGGACUGGGAUCCUCAGGAUUGGGAUCCUCAGGACUGGGAUCCUCGGGAUUGGGAUCCUCAGGACUGGGAUCCUCAGGAUUGGGCUCCUCAGGAUUAGGAUCCUCGGGAUUGGGAUCUUCAGGAUUGGGCUCCUCGGGAUUGGGAUCUUCAGGAUUGGGAUCCUCAGGACUGCGAUCCUCAGGAUUAGGAUCCUCGGGAUUGGGAUCCUCGGGAUUGGGCUCCUCGGGCUCGGCCUUUGGUGCGGAAGUUUCCGGCUCCAAUCCCGACUCCAUCAUCGCCAAGAUCAACCAGCGCCUGGAUCUGCUGGCCAAGGAGGGCGCGCCGGGAGAGGGGCGCCAGCCGCAGGAGAGCUCCUUCCGCUUCGACUCUCUGGCCCCUCUGGACGGGCGCGUUUCCCGGGAUCCUUUCCGCCCGGCCUUUCCCUUCGGAGCGGGGCCCUCGGAGCGUUCCCGGGACGCCCCCGGCGGCUCCGGUUCCUUCCCGGCGCUUCCCGGCUCAGCCGGGCCCCGCGGCCGCGGCCGCCGGCGCCUCCCGGAGCCGUUCCCGGCGCGCUGGAGUGAGGCCCCGGCGUUCCCGGGAAACCGCGCGGGGCCGGAAUCCCGAGCGCUGCCCUCGCUCUUCCCGCCGGCGCCGGAGUAUCCCGGCGAUUAUCCCGACUAUCCCGACUAUCCCGGCGACUAUCCCGACUAUCCCGGCGAUUAUCCCGACUAUCCCGGCGAUCUGGGGGUGCUGGGAAUGCCGGCAAUGCCGGGAAUGCCGGGGCUGGGGCGCUCCCUGAUGGGCGGCCGGAGGAGGGAGCGGCCGGGAGCGCUGCCCUGGAACGGGGCCCUGUUCCCGGGCCGGCGCCGCCCUUUCCGCGCUCGCUCCGGGGGGCGCUGGGAGCCCGAGGGGGCCCGGAAACGGAAACGCUCCCGGAGCGGCGACGACGGAGCCGGGAACAGCGGGAACGGCUCCGGGAACGGCUCCGGGAACGGCUCCGGGAACGCCGGGAAUGCCGAUGGGAACGCCGGGAAUACCGACGGGAACGCCGGGAAUGCCGAGGGGAAUGACCCCAAAAACACCCGGAGCGACAGCGACGGCAACGAGCGCGACUCCGAGCACGGAGAUGAAGGGGAAGGAGAGGAAAAAUCCUUGGAUGAGGCGGACAAAGCAUCCGAGGAGGAGGACGAGGAGGUGAGGAAGAAGCGGGAGAAGCAGCGCAGGAGGGACCGGAUGCGGGACCGGGCCAUGGACAGGAUCCAGUUCGCCUGCUCCGUCUGCAAAUUCCGGAGCCUGGAGGAGGAGGAGAUCCAGCGGCACCUGGAGAGCAAAUUCCACCGGGAGACGCUGCGCUACAUCGGCACCAAACUGCCCGACCGCAGCGUGCAGUUCCUGCAGGAAUACAUCGUGAACAGGAACCGGAAGAUCGAGAGGCGGCGCCAGGAGCUGAAUGAGAAGGAGGGGAGCAAACAGAGACCGGACCCCUUCAAGGGGAUCGGGCAGGAGCACUUCUUCCAGAGGAUCGAGGCCGCUCAUUGCCUGGCGUGCGACGUCCUGAUCCCGGCCCAGAGCCAGCGCCUGCAGCGGCACCUGAGAUCGGCUCAGCACGGCCGCAGCCGCAGGCUGGCAGCGGAGCAGUUCCGCAAGGCGAGCCUGCACGUGGCCAAGAGCGUCCUGAACAACAAACACAUCGUGCGCAUGCUGGAGCGUUACCUGCAGGAUCCGCAGCCGGGGCGGAGGAAAAGCGACGGAGCCGCCUCUGGAGGAUUCCCGGGAGAAGCUCCAAGAUCCCAAAAAAUCCCUUCCCGGAGCUCUGGGGCCGGGAAACCUCGGAAAAACGGGAAAAGCCGGGAAAAAAGUGGGAAGAGAGUGGGGGAAAAAAGUGGGAAAAGCGGUGACUGUGCCUGCUGGCUCCUGGGGGAAAAAAAACGGGAUUUGGAUCCCGGAAAAUGGGAUUUGGAUCCCAAAAAAAAAAUGGACUUUGGAUCCUGGGAAAAGGGAGCUUGGAUCCCGGGAAAAAUCGGGAUUUGGAUCCCGGGAAAAAAACGGGAUUUGGAUCCCAAAAAAAAGGAUUUGGAUCCUGGGAAGACGGGCCUGGAGUCCCGGGAAAAAUGGGAUUUGGAUCCCAAAAAACAGGACUUUGGAUCCUGGGGGAAAAUCGGGAUUUGGAUCCCAAAAAAACGGGAUUUUCAUCCCGGGAAGAUGGACCUGGAGUCCCGGGAAAAAUGGGAUUUGGAUCCCAAAGGAACAGGAUUUUGGAUCCUGGGAAGACGGACCUGGAGUCCUGGGAAAAUCGGGAUUUGCAUCCCAAGGAAAAGGGACGUUGGAUCCCGGGAAAAAAACGGGAUUUGGAUCCCAAGGAAUCGGGAUUUGCAUCCCGGGAAGACGAAGCUCGGGUCCCGGGAAAAUCGGGAUUUGGAUCCUGGGAAGACGGACCUGGAGUCCUGGGAAAAAUGGGAUUUGGAUCCCAGAGAAAUGGGAUUUGGAUCCUGGGGGAAAAUCGGGAUUUGGAUCCCAAAAAAAAAAGGACUUUGGAUCCUGGGAAGACGGACCUCGGGUCCUGGGAAAUUCGGGAUUUGCAUCCCAAGAAGAGGGACCUUGGAUCCCGGGAAAAAAAACGGGAUUUGGAGUCCACGGAAAAAGGAUUUGGAUCCCGGGAAAAAACGGGAUUUGGAUCCCAAGGAAAAGGGACGCUGGAUCCCGGGAAAAGGAGGGAAUUCGGAUCCCAAAACCGGGGAGCUGGAGCCCCGGGAAGACGGAGCUGGAAUCCCGGGAAAAGGAGCCCCAGAAUCCCGGGAAAAGGAGCCCCGGAAUCCCGGGAAAAGGAGCCCCAGAAUCCCGGGAAAAGGAGCCCCGGAAUCCCGGGAAAAGGAGCCCCGGAAUCCUGGGAAAAGGAGCCCCAGAAUCCCGGGAAAAGGAGCCCCGGAAUCCCGGGAAAAGGAGUCCCGGAAUCCCGGGAAAAGGAGCCCCGGAAUCCUGGGAAAAGGAGCCCCAGAAUCCCGGGAAAAGGAGCCCCGGAAUCCCGGGAAAAGGAGCCCCGGAAUCCCGGGAAAAGGAGCCCCGGAAUCCCGGGAAAAGGAGCCCCGGAAUCCUGGGAAAAGGAGCCCCGGAAUCCCGGGAAAAGGAGCCCCAGAAUCCCGGGAAAAGGAACCCCGGAAUCCCGGGAAAAGGAGCCCCAGAAUCCCGGGAAAAGGAGGGAAUUUGGAUCCCGGAAUCAGCUGCGUGGGACGGGAGCGUUCCCGCGCUCCCAGUUUGGGAUGGAGGCAUUCCCAGUGAUCCCAGUAAUCCCAAUAAUUCCCAGUGAUUCCCAGUGAUCCCAGUGAUUCCCAGUAAUCCCAGUAUCCCACAGCAGCAUUCCCAGUGCAGAGCAGCCACAUUCCCGACAUUCCCGCUGUUUUCCCAUCCCGGAUUCCGGGAAAAAAAAUCCCAACAAAACCCAAAACACCAAAGCCAACCCCCCCCCGAAAUUCCCAGAAUUUCCCGGGAAUUCCCCUCGGAGGCGGCUCCGGAGCGUUCCCAUUCCCAGCUCUGCAAUUCCCGGCUGGAAAAGGAGGCGGGGGGGGGCUGAGAAAUCCCCAAAAAAUCCCAAAAAAAACCCCAAAGAAUUCCCAA